AGGCGGGGCGGUUAAAUGGAUCGCCAUUCCAGCUACAGCUUCAUCUGGCUGCAACUGGAGCUGUGCGCCAUGGCCAUCCUGCUGACCAGAGGUGAAAUUAGAUGCUACUGUGAUGCUGCACACUGUGUUGCAACUGGCUAUAUGUGCAAAUCUGAGCUUAAUGCCUGCUUCUCCAGACUGCUUGACCCUCAGAACACGAAUUCCCCACUUACUCAUGGCUGCUUGGACUCUAUUGCAAACACAGCUGACAUCUGCCAAGCUAAACAGGCACAAAACCACUCCAGCACCAUCAUGCCCACAUUGGAAUGCUGUCAUGAAGAUAUGUGCAAUUAUAGAGGACUGCAUGAUGUUCUCUCUCCUCCCAAGGGUGAGACCUCAGGACAGGGGAGCAGAUACCAGCAUGACAACAGCAGAAAUCUCAUCACUAAGGUUCAGGAGUUGACCUCUUCAAAAGAACUGUGGUUCAGAGCAGCUGUAAUUGCUGUUCCCAUAGCUGGUGGGCUGAUCUUAGUGCUUCUUAUCAUGCUAGCUUUGCGGAUGCUCAGGAGUGAAAACAAAAGACUGCAAGAUCAACGACAGCAAAUGCUCUCCCGUUUGCACUACAGUUUUCAUGGACAUAAUUCGAAGAAAGGACAGGUGGCAAAGUUAGACUUGGAAUGCAUGGUGCCAGUAACUGGUCAUGAGAACUGCUGCAUGAGCUGUGAUAAAAUGAGACAGACAGACCUCAGCAAUGAUAAAAUUCUUUCAUUAGUCCACUGGGGAAUGUACAGUGGGCAUGGAAAGCUGGAAUUUGUAUGACCAACCUUUUUAAAAUCUGAGCUAAACUUACUAGGAAAACUCUCAAAGGCCUUUGGGUUCUGCUGGACAGGAGCACUUUAUCUUAAGCAAACUUUCAUUAAUCAUCUUUUGAGAAACAAAGGACCUCUGCAAACAGAAUCUUGGAUAUUUCCUCUGAAGGAUUCCAAAAGUUGUCUUAUUUGCACAGAGUAAAAUACACUCAAUGUAUUGUUUGCUUUAAAGUUAUGAAAGCAAAAAUUAGAAGUUGUACACACUGUCACCAGGGUUAUCUGAGCUGUAGGGAGCUGAGACUUGAGCUAAAUAAUAAACUGUAUGAAAGC